AUGCAUCAGCAUAUAAAGCCUUUGGACAUAUCUAAAAUUCUACAAGUGGCUGAAUCAUUGGAGAACACUAUAUGUCGCUGUUUUGGUCCAGAAGGAGGACAGGUUCUCUUUAUUAAAUCCACUGGAGAGCUUAUCAUUACCAAAGAUGGAAAAAGAAUACUUGAGUAUCUCUUACUGGAUCACCCAGUUGCAAGAAUAAUCGUGGACUUUGCCUCCAAGCAUUACAGUGUUACUGGGGAUGGCGUGAAAUCAUUUGUCUUGCUGCUGUGUGCUUUCCUCCGAGAAAUCCAGAGAGCAGCCGAGAAAAAUGAAGACCUAAUUUUUUCCAGGAGCUCGGCAGUGAAACUGACAUAUAAAAGUAAAUGUCAUGUGUUAAGACGAAUAAGCGAUCUGCUGUUGACUUUUCAGAGCACAGUGCUGGAGCCCAUUAUAAAAAGGGGCCUAAGACCGCACUUUCUUUCCGUGUACACAGACAUGAAAGGAAAUGUUCCAUUGUGCAGAGCCUCUCUACAACAAACACUGGAUACAUACUUCUGUGGAAGAAGUGCAUGCAACAACCAGAGCUUCAUUAGUAGACUGGCCUGUGAUUAUCUUUAUAAAUGUUUAUUUAGUGCUGAUGGCAUUCUGGACGUAGUCAGCUUUGUGGACAGAUGCUUCUCUGAGCUCCACACACAAGUUCCAGGUUUUGCAGUUGAUAAUUCCAGGAUUCUGCCAGGCCUAGUACUUCACCGAGAUUUUUCAAUAUACUGUCCAGUAGAGGGAGAUCUGCAAGCAAUUAUAGUGACAGAUCAAAUCCAUCAGUCUCUUUCUGCACCCGGCAUAGGCUUUGUUAUUGUUUCAGAUAUUCAGCUACAGAUUUCCCAGCAGCAUCUGGAACAAAGGACUGAACAUAUAAUGAAACAAUUGCAGGAUAAUCACAUCAAGCUGAUAUUAUCAAGUGUUAAACAACAUGAAAUAGUUAAUUUCUAUGCUAAACUGCAUGGUAUAUCUAUAGUAGAAUGCAUCCCAUCAGAAGAUAUUGAUCUCCUGUGCAUAAUCACUGGGGUAACUCCUGUGUGUACACCACUCCGUGGCCAUCUUCAGAAUAACUCUUUUCUGGUAAAGACUUGUCAGCCCGUUUUACUUGGUGACAAAAAGUACCUACAGCUUGUUUUCAGUGGCUCAUUGGCCUUCAAGCCACACAGCAUUGUGUUGUAUGGGCCUAUCAGAGGUCUGACUGAGCAGAUUGCUUCAUCUUUUCAUGGUGCUUUUAAAAUGCUUAAACAGUUAUUCCAGCCAGUAGAUGCCAGUUGGGAACAGCCACUAAAUAACCCAGACUUUUGUAAACCAAAUAGAAGAUCGUCCAUGGACGAACAAAGAGUAACUUGUAGCAAUUGCCAGAAUGACUCAGACUGCUGUGACUGCCAUCUGCAAAGAAUGGAUCAAUAUACUCCUAUACAGUGCACACACAAUGUACCAGGAGACAUUUCAGAAUGGGCAAUACGAGAACCAGCAGAUAGCAUAAGCACUUGUUCUCAGUCAUGUACAGGUACAUAUAAUAUGUGUUUACAUCAGCUAGAACAAAGCCUUCAACAAGCAGCAGAAGCAGAACCCUCACAUUGUUUAGCAAAUCCACAGUCCACUAUGAGCAGCUCGGGAGGAGGAGGGGAGCAGGAGGAGAAGGCUGAGACACGGGGGAGGCCGUGGGUGCCGAACCGGAACGGUCCCCGAACGGUCAGUCCGUGCUCACCGGGGCGGCUCUAUUCAUCCCCUCAGUCCACUACGAUCAUCCAGGGGAGGAGGAGGAGGCCGCGGAUCCUCAGACAGUGCCUGAACAGUCAGACAGUGUACACAAGGGCGCGAGAGAAGGGGAGGGGGAGGGAGUGA